AUGGAUGGAGGAGCUCUAUUUUUAGACCCUUAAAGUGCGAUAUUUGAUUUAUCAUUUAAUUAAUGCAAUUUUUCAGAUAUUUACUCAAAUUCUUCUAAUUCAAAAGCUUUGUCUAUUGGGCAAUCUUAAUUAAUUUAGCAAAGCUAACAGAAUCAUAUUAUUUUAAUAGGUAUAAAAAUUUUGAAUGCUUUUGGAGGUACUAAUUCUGCAUUUUUAAAUGCAAUAAAAUGUAAUUUAACUAUACAAAGCAUGGCUGUCACUCAUAAUUAAUAGUUUUAGGUAUUAAAUUUAUUUAAUGAAAUUAAGUAUGAUUAAUUAACGACAUUCCAACUUUAAAAUUCUGAGGUAACUAUAAAUUAAUUGAAUUUCAGCAAUUUAAAUAUACCCACAAGCUCUUCACCUCUUUUAAUGAGUGCUACUUCUUCAAAUGUGACUAUUUAAAAUUCAAUAGUUGAAAAAAACAAUUUUACUCUAAGCCUGAUUGACUUCAUCCAAGGUUAGCUCACAAUACAAAAUACCAAAUUCUAAAAUAUACACUAAUCUAUACCCAAAUCAAGAAUAAUUGAAGAAUCUACAUAAAAUAAUUAAGGCUCUUUUAAUUCAUUGAUCAGGAUUACAAACUCAUAAUUAAAAAUAAAUUAAAAUUCAGUUUUUAAUUCAAUUUCUUGUUUAUACAACUGUUAAGGCUCAUCAAUAUUAAGUCAAUAAUCUACUCUAAUCGUUUAAGAUUGCCGAUUUAUAGAUUCUUAGUCAUCUAAUGGUGGUUAAUUCUCAGUAGUUGGACUUAAUUCUAUUAAUAAUAUUAUUGAGAACACGUAUUUUAUAAAUAAUGAAGUUAAUAAGGAUGGAGGAGCCUUUUACUUGUAAACGAGCUAGCAAGAUGUAUUUUAGUUGAACUUUAUUAACAGUAAAUUUACUUUAAAUAAAGCUUCGUAGGGAUAUGGAGGUGCAAUUUAUAUCAUUUCAUAAGCAUAAAAUACAUAACAAUAGAAUAUCCUUUUAACAAAUACAUUAAUUUAUUAAAACAGUGCAUUGGUUGCUGGUGGAAUUUUUAAUCAAGGGAUCAACCCAAUAUUAGAUAAAAAUUCUUAAAUACAUAACAAUAUAGCUGAUUAUUAUGGAACAGAUAAAUUUUCAUACCCUCAAGAGUUAUAUUUAAUAAAUUAAAACAAAUUUAAAGUAAAUAGCAAUAGUAAUUAAGCAAAAGUAAUUUUGGAUAAAUUUAAAAGUGGUGAUACCCUACCAGAUAUUAUAUUUUAACUUAGAGACUUCAAAGAAAUAACUUUGAUUGGUAAGCCAGGGCAAGUGUCUUUUAUUGAAUUUACAUCUGAUUCAAUAAAAAUAUUUAAUAGUAAUACUCAAAGUUAUGAGCAAAACUAUUCCUAUCCUAUUUAAGUUAAUUUUAGGGAAUGCAAUAAAGGUGAAAUAAUCUCUUCGUAUAAUAAUAAUUUUUAAGAAUGUUAAACUUGUGAUGAAGGUAAAUACUCUCUAGACUUUUCUGGGUGUUAUUCAUGCCCUUCUGGAGGUGAAUGCACUAGAGGAGUAAUUCUUUUAAAGCAAGGUUUUUGGAGAGAAGAACAAUACAGCUCAGAUAUUAUUGAAUGUACUAAUAGAUUGGAAAAUUGCAUAGGAAAUUCAUAUGGAAAUGCUGUUUGUAUAGAAGGGAAUAUAGGGCCCUUGUGUGAAGAAUGUGAUGUGUAUGGUACUUAUUGGAAAACUAGUUAUACAAAAAAAAAUAAAUUUGAGUGCAUAAAAUGUAAAGAAUAGACAUACAAUUUAUGGAAAUUAUUUUUAUCUAUAUUAUGGAUAUUUUUUGCUGUGUAUCUCACUGUUAGGAGAGACAAAAAAAAUUAAAGAUUAAGGUUAAUUGUAAAUGCCUUUUAUAAAAAAAAUGUAUACACAUUUAUGGAUAGAUAAAAGACCCUUCUCUAUGAGUAGAAAUCAAAAAUCUAUAUGAAGAUUUUUGUUAAUUAUAUUUAGAUUGCCUCUGCAGCUGUCUCAUUUAAUUUAAAUAUAGGAGCAUAUGUAAUAGAUGCAAUUUCUUACUUAGGAGUGCCUAUUUCUACAUCUAUUGACUACUUAGAAUGUUUAAUAAAAGAUUUAAAUUCUGACAUUCCCUUGAUUUAUUUGAAAUUGAUUGUUUCCAUUCUAUGCCCUUUAGCUAUUUUGUUAGUUUACUUAGUAUAUGAAGUAAUUAUAUAAAAGUGUUACUACAAGUCAACGCGUCUUUUUUCUUACUCAGUAUAUACAGCAUCAAUAUUUUUAUUCCUUUAUGUAUAACCAGACUUAGUUUCUUAAAUGAUUGGCCUUCUUUCCUGUAGAAAAAUAAUGAACACAGAUUACAUAUUAAUUAAUAUGAAUUAUUAAUGCUACACAGAUACAUAUAAAUUUUACAGUAUAGCCUUAGUUCUACCUUUUUUGAUAUUGUGUACUAUUGUUUUACCUGCUUUUCUAUUUAUUUAGAUUUAUAUUUCCUAAAGAAGACAUGGUUUAAAUGAUGUAAAAAUAAAUUUAAAAUAUGGGUUUUUAUUUUAAGAAUAUAAAGAUUCUGUCUAUUUUUGGGAGAUAAUUAAAAUCAUUCAAAAAAUUGUGAUAAUUAUUCUUCUGAACUUUUAUUCUUAAGUUGUAAUGGUGAAAGGUAUUUUAAUCUACUUAGUUAUUUUGUUUUAUGGAGUGCUAUCAAAUAAAUACAAGCCUUACUAAUAAGAUUAAUUAAAUAAAAUUGAUAAUUAUUCAACUUAAAUUUGUGCUUUCACAAUAUUGCUUUGUGUCUUCAUUAACAAUAAUUAAUACAAUUAUUUGAAAAUUGGCUGUUUUAUAAUAAUAGUUUUGAUUAACUCAUUUUUUAUCAUUUACAUAGCUCUAAGAAUACUAAAAGACAAAUAUAAUUAAGUCAUUAAUCUAUUGUUUAAAGUUUUUGAAAAAUACCCAUCAAUACAAAAAUACUUUAAAUAAAGAAAGAUAAAAAUAAAUCCUGCUUUAAAGCAAAAGAUCAGAUCAUCUUUAAAAGAGUUUGCAAAGUUAAAUCAAAAUUAAAUUAAGGAAAUGCUCUCUUCUAUUAGAAAUACAAAAACAACUUAAUAAAACCAACAAGAAAAUGAUAAUUAACUUAAUUCUAAAUAAGAUUAAGAAAAUAUUUUUUUACAAGACUUAAGUCCUACUAAGUAGCUAGAUUCUAUACCAAAUAGUCACAGAUAAAUGUUGAGCAUUGAAACAGACAGCUCUAAUUUUAAUACAUAGAUGAUUAACAGUUAAACAGAAAGACUUUAUGCAAGUUUUAAACCAAAAUCAAUGUUAAGCGUAGAAUAAAAGCACUUGACAAAUAGUUAAAAACCAAUUAAUGUUAAAUUUAAGAUAUCUUACUUAUAAGCACACAGUGGAGACAUUCAAGAAGAUUCUUAAAACAAAGAGAAUUCUAUAGGCAAUUAAAUCGAAGAUAAUUAAAAGUAAAAUGUGACAGAAAACUCUCAAUUUAAGGAAGUCUAUUAAAAAGGGUAUUCGGAAACAAUUUAAAACGAAAUAGAAUUAAUAAAAAAUUCUUAAAUUAAAGAUGGCUCAUAAAGUGAACAAAUUAAGAUCUAUUAAAAUAUUUGA